AUGUCAGCACCAACCCCUAACUGGUGGAAGAAGGGCACCGCCUAUCAGGUCUGGCCUGCUUCAUACAAAGAUAGCAAUGGAGAUGGUAUUGGCGAUAUUCAAGGACUCAUCGGCACUCUGCCAUACCUGAAAGAUCUUGGCAUCGACAUCGUGUGGCUUUCACCCAUGUACAAGUCGCCACAAAAGGACUUUGGCUACGACAUUUCUGACUACCGAGAUGUCGAUCCUCAAUUCGGGACCCUGGCGGAUCUAGACGAGCUGAUCAAGAAAUGCCACGACAUGGGCAUGAAACUACUACUCGAUCUGGUCAUCAACCACACUAGUGAUGAGCACAAGUGGUUUCUGGAAAGCAAAAAGGACAAAACCAACCCCAAAGCCGAUUGGUAUGUCUGGCGGGAUCCCAAGAUUGUGGACGGCAAACGCCAGCCUCCCAAUAACUGGCGAUCGAUCUUCGGUGGUAGCGCCUGGGAGUACGUUCCUGAACGUGACCAAUACUACCUCCAUCUCUUUGUACCCGAGCAACCAGACUUGAAUUGGGAGCUCGACGAGGUGCGACAAGCUAUCUACAAAGAGGCCAUCGUCUUCUGGCUAGAUCGUGGCGUCGACGGCUUCCGCGUGGAUACCUGCAAUCUUUACUCGAAAAACACCAGUUAUCCCGACGCGCCGGUCACCCUUCCAGGUGAGGUCUAUCAACCCGCUUUCACACACUUUGUCAAUGGACCCCGAAUGCACGAAUGGCUACGUGAACAACGACAGCAGGUGCUCGACAACUACGGAGACGUGGCUAUGGUGGGAGAACUGCCGGGUACCGAAGCUGCUGAAGUGUUGAAGUACGUUGCUGCUGAAGCACGGGAGCUAAGCUGCGUGUUCGAUUUUGACGUCGUCAGCCUUGGUGGCCGUCAUGGUGACGGUGUGAAGAAGCAUCAGGUCCACGCCCACGAUCUGCCUUCAUUUAAGGAGGCUUUCCGCAAGCAGCAGCAUCUCACCCGUGGUACCACCGCUUGGACGACCUGCUUUUUGGAGAAUCACGAUCAAGCCCGCAGUCUUGACCGCUUCGCAACUUCGAAGCCUGAAUUCCGUGAGAAGGCUGCUAAGAUGCUAGCCACACUGCUUGGCUGCCUGACAGGAACUCUAUUCAUGUACCAGGGCCAAGAAAUCGGCAUGACCAACAUUCCGGACUCGUGGGGGAUCGAGGAGAUCAAGGAUCCCGAUUCUUUGAACGCAUACAACGAUGUCAAGGAUCGUCAUGAUGCCGAUCCGCUGUGGCUGAAGCGGGCUAUGAGCGGUAUCCAACGCGUCGGCCGCGACAAUGCUCGAACGCCUGUUCAGUGGGAUUCGUCCGCCAAUGCUGGCUUCAGCACUGGCAAGCCAUGGAUGCGUGUCAACGACAACUAUCCCGAAAUCAACGUCGCCGACCAGCAGAAAGAUGCCAAGAGUGUUCUCAGCUAUUGGAAGCAGAUGAACCAAAUUCGCAAGAAGUAUGCCGAUCUGACAGUCUUUGGCGAUUUCGAGCUGUGGGAUUACCUCGAUCCCGAUGUUUUCACUUUUACCAAAGAGAACAAGACCAAUGGCUUCACCAACAAGAAGCUCUUGACAUUCUUGAGCUUCUCCGAUGAAGAGCAACCCAUGCACUAUCCGCCGGACUGCAAGGGCAAAGAGAUGGAGUUGAUCGUUUCCAAUGUGGACACGCCGGGACAAUAUCUCAGUCCCUGGGAGGCUAGAGUCUACCUUGUCACUUUGUAA